CAGGUUUGGCUGAUUGCACGUGUGAGCUUCUGGCUGCUGAGAGCACCCGCUGGUCAGCUCUGGUACUGCAGCCCACACGGCAGUUUAGCUGGACAUCAGGGGCUGGCAUGUCGGGCUGUGCAGCGGGGGCGAGGCACGUCAGCGGGCACCGAGUCAUCUGGCACGACAGCGGGCACCGAGUCACCUGGCACGUCAGCGGGCACCGAGCCAUCUAGCAGAACCGCGGGCACAGAGUCACCUGGCAAGUCAGCGGGCACCGAGUCACCGGGCAUGUCAGCGGGCACCGAGCCAUCUAGCAGAACCGCGGGUACCGGGUCACCAAGCUCGACAGCAGGCACCAAAUUAACUGGCACAACCGUGGGCAGUGAAUCAACUGGCACGACAGCGGGCACCAAGUCAUCAGGCAUCAGGUUAUGUGGCUCAACAGCGGGCACUGGG